AAGUACACAACCACCCACUUGACAAAAUAUAGACUGAAUCCAACAAUACCCAAAAAUACUAAUCAACGCGUUUGAGCAGCCAAACACUACUGACCAAAAAACCCUCAUGCAUGCACUAUAAAUUCAGACACAAAACCCAACCUUAUUCUUCACUUGCAAACAAAUACAUCUUUCAAUUGUUCAAUUCUUCUUCCUCUCUUAAUUCACAAUGAAUUAUUUCGCCACAAUUUUCGCCACAUCAGCACUAGCACUCAUGCUCGUGCUCUCGCACGUGCCGGCAUCAGAAGCGCAACUGUCUCCUCCGACGUUCUACGACGCAACAUGCCCUAACGCGCUCGCCACAAUCCGAACAUCAAUCCGACAAGCAGUGUCGCGUGAGAGGCGAAUGGCCGGCUCACUUAUCCGCCUCCACUUCCACGACUGCUUCGUCCAGGGUUGCGACGCUUCGAUCCUAUUGGACGAGACCGCCACCAUCCGAUCCGAGAAAACCGCAUUUCCGAACGUCAAUUCCGUCAGAGGCUACGAAGUCAUCGAGGCCGCCAAAACCCUAGUCGAGCGCUUAUGCCCUGGUGUCGUCUCUUGCGCCGAUAUACUAACCCUAGCUGCCCGUGAUGCCUCCGUCGCUGUUGGUGGUCCGACAUGGAACGUGAGGUUGGGGAGAAGGGAUUCGACCACGGCGAACCGUGACCAGGCAAACAGGGAUCUUCCGGGGCCUGAUUCUACUCUCCAAAGACUUAUCGAUUCUUUCGGUAUCAAAAAUAAUCUCACCCCUAGAGACAUGGUUGCUUUAUCAGGAGCACACACACUAGGUCUAGCCCAAUGCUCCUCGUUCCGCACGAGAAUUUACAGCAACGGAACGAACAUCGACCCAGGAUUCGCUACCACUAGAAGACGCACUUGCCCGCAAACCGGAGGUGACGGAAAUUUGGCGCCCCUAGAUUUGGUGACGCCUAAUUCAUUCGACAACAACUACUUUAGGAACUUGGUGCAGAGGAGGGGGCUUCUUCAGUCAGAUCAAGUGCUUCUAAGCGGAGGAUCAACCGACAGUAUAGUGACGGAAUACAGUACUACUCCGAGAACUUUCGCGGCAGAUUUCGCCACCGCAAUGAUUAAGAUGAGUGAGAUUGAGCCGGUUACCGGACAAAGUGGGAUCAUACGAAGGAUUUGUACCGCCAUCAACUAGUUCUAUAUACCAUAAUUUUCGACUAUUUUUACGCUUUUUUUUUUGCAUUAAUAUAUAAUUGUAUAUCAAAUUCCACAAAUGUUUAUGCAUUCUAGUAGAUCAAUGUUUUUGUAUGAAAUAAUGGAUUAGGUUUGUCCAAGUUUGCAACAGUAUCAAUACGAUGUUCUAUUUUUCUUAUU